CAACGGCCACGGGCCUCGGUGCAUCAGCUGAUAGCUAUGACAUUUUAAUUAAUGUAUACAAAAUAAAAAUCAAUUAUUUAGAUUUAAUUUUUUUAAGUUUAUAAGCAAACAUACAUGGAAUGCAUUUAUCAUUACUCAUAUAUAAAAAGUUAAUUUAAACAAUCAUUUGUAAUAAUUAUAGUUACAUUUAUCAUUUAUCUUGACAAAAACUCCCGUGAGCUGAGAAAAUGAGUACAACUUUUUAUGUAAAUACAUAAUUGUAAUUCGUAUUAGAUGAGUGCUAAUAGUAAUGAAUCAUUUUUUUUCAAUUUGUACGACAUUCUUACUGGUUGACAUAACUACUAAGAAGUAAGAACAAUACGUAAUCAGUCUGUAGCUACAUGUGAUAGAAGAUGGAUAUCUACAAAAAAGUAUUUAAAAUAUCAAAAUUAUUAUGGUUUAAAAUAAACCGGUGGCAUCGAGCUUUCUUUAUAUUUGUCGUAGCACAGUUAAACCUAGUACCUGGAGGUCAAGUGGGAUUUCAGUGUAAUGAUCCAGCUUUAUCCCAUCCCUACACAGGAGACACAGUUAAUUGGAAAUGGCUAAUUGUUGUUACUAUACUUUUACCUUUGGUUGUGCUACUCAUCACAGAAAGACAGCAAUGCAAUAGUGAAAUAGCCAAGAAACAAGCAUUUUGUUGGUGUAAAGAGUAUUUAUAUGGCUUCCUAUUAAACUUGACUAUCGUUCAGGCAUUAAAGCUAAUUGUUGGUUCCCCUAGGCCACAUUUUUUUGAAACUUGCGAACCUAAUGAAGCUCUGACAUGCAAAGAGUCAGAAUAUAUAUCUAGUUAUACAUGCACUACAGCACAUUGGUUACAACAGUCGAACAAAAGCUUUCCUUCAGGUCACACAUCCCUAGCAGUCCAUGCUGCUGUGUUUAUUACGUAUUAUUUGUAUCGAAGAGGGAGAAAGUUGAACUCAAUGAUGGUCUCCACUGUGCAGAUAGUUAGUUUGAGUAGCGCAGCACUAUGUAGUUUGUCUCGGAUAUGGGACAGACGUCACCACUGGUGGGAUGUAAUGGCUGGUGCAGUGAUAGCAUUGGUCUUACUUGUGUAUACUAUUUCUACUCUGUGCAAUAAUUUUGAUUGUUCAAGUCCAAAGAGUCACGUAAAUAAGGAACUAGAUACGCUUGUCAAGAAUGAAACCCAAACGGAGACAUAGUAAAGAAGAUAUUAUUUAAUUUUACUAUGAAACCUGCAAUCAUAAGCUUUAUUAGGAUAUUAGUGAAAGCUAUUUACUUUGCGCUGUGACUAUAGUUGUUUUUUAUGUCCCUUUAAGUGUUGACCCCUUCUACAGUAUUUUUUUGAAUCUUUAGUUAUGUCUUACUCUUGUCAUUUAUUAUUUAUCUUGCCUAUAAUCUUGUCAUAAAUGUUACCAAAAUAAACAUUAAUACCUAGGUAGAGUUUAUACUAGAUUAUAUCUACAGCUUCACAUAAUUUCAUUGGUUUCCACAUAAACUUAUUGCGAUUAGCUAUAUGAAGCUGCUACUACUACUAGAUGCCCUGUUGUUAUAGGUAUUUUAAGAAAAUACAUAAAAUAAGAAAAUUGAGAAACAGAAACAUGUAUUGCAUUCCAUGUUGGCUAUAAUUAGAAAAUAAGGAUAUGUAU